AUGCCGUUGCUCACCUGUCACAGGAUCAAAAAUCCUCUAGAAGGAAUCCCAUACGACGAGUUGAUGAGCGAAGUCACUGCCUAUGCCAAAGAAGAAGGCCUUGAGGAUAUUGUCUUACUGUUAAAGAAGGGUGCUCUCGUUGGCCAGGACAAGGACUCCCCUCAAGCCUCCACCGCGUUGACCGAAGAUGACCGAGAUAUUCUGCGUACGGAGGUGACUAGCCGUUGGAAACACCCGAAGAUCCUCUAUUUCACGAUCAUUCUGAACUCCAUCGCUGCGGCCAUCCAAGGCUGGGACCAGACAGGUUCGAAUGGUGCCAACCUGACCUUCGAUGUGGCUUUCGGUAUCCCAAACAACUCCCCUGCUUGUGGUGACAGCGCUACCUGUAACAAGAACCAAUGGAUCGUGGGACUCAUCAAUGCGAUACCUUACAUCACUAUCUGGCUCUUUGCUGGCUGGUUAUCUGAUCCCCUUAACAACUUGCUUGGCCGCAAAGGUACCAUCUUCUUUGCCGCAAUUUUCAGUUUGCUCGCACCAAUCGGCGCCGCUUUCACUCAGACCUGGGGCCAGCUGGUGGCUUGCCGUGUUAUGUUGGGCAUCGGGAUGGGCCUGAAGGAAGUGACAGUCCCCGUGUACUCUGCUGAGAAUGCACCAACCAACAUUCGCGGUGGCCUUGUUAUGUCCUGGCAAGUAUGGACAGCCUUUGGAAUCUUCCUGGGGACAUGUGCCAACCUGGCCGUUGCCAACACCGGGCGUAUCUCGUGGCGCUUGCAGUUAGGAUCCGCCUUCAUUCCUGCGGUUCCUCUGGUACUCGGUAUCUGGUUCUGCCCUGAGUCUCCUCGCUGGCUUAUUAUCAAGGGACGGCAUCGAGAUGCGUACAAUUCUCUCCUGCGUCUUCGAAACUCCAAUCUCCAGGCAGCUCGGGAUCUGUAUAUGAUCCACUCGCAGCUUGUCGUGGAAAAGAAGGCACUCAUAGAAUCCGGCUUUGCGAAGAACAACAAUAUGUUUGCGCGAUUCAUCGAGCUCUUUACCGUCCCACGACUGCGUCGUGCAACCCAGGCUUCGGGAAUUGUCAUGAUCGCGCAGCAGAUGUGUGGAAUCAACAUCAUCUCUUUCUAUUCCUCGACGGUCUUCUCGCUCGCUGGCGCAAAUGACAUGCACGCACUGCUUGCAUCUUUUGGAUUCGGACUGAUUAACUUCAUUUUCGCGUGGCCUGCAGUCUGGACCAUUGACAGCUUUGGCCGCCGAGGCUUACUGCUUUUCACUUUUCCUCAAAUGUUCUGGACUCUUCUGGCCGCUGGUCUGUGUUUCUAUAUCCCGCAGAGCAGCACCGCACAUCUCGGCAUGGUCGCGUUCUUCAUUUACCUCUUCGACGCUGUUCCUCUCUCCCAUCGUGAAAUCGGAAUGGCCUGGGCUGUCGCGACCAACAAUUUCUGGGCUUCCAUCCUGUCCCUGACAUUCCCCAAGAUGUUGCGUGCUUUGACUCCCCAGGGUGCCUUUGGAUUCUAUGCAGGGCUCAACGUCAUUGCUUUGGUGAUUAUCUUCCUUUUUCUGCCCGAGACGAAGCAGCGUUCCCUGGAAGAACUCGAUUAUGUGUUCGCGGUGCCCACCCGUACCCACGCCAAGUACCAGCUUACCCAGGUUCUUCCUUGGUGGAUCAAGCGCUACAUUUUCAGGCGUAAGGAUUCAACUUGUCCAGAGCUCUACCGGAUCAAGGAGCGACUUGCGGAGCGUGUUAUUCCGGACAACGGCGACGAGGCGGGGAAGAAAAUGUGCACUGAGCAGACAGAGGCUGUCUAA